ACUCAGCUACAUCCAAGGUAUUAGCAACAAGAAAACCCGCUUCAUUUUGACUCGUUUUCAAAGCAGCCAUCAGUUUUUGCUUCCCAGCUCCUUACUCUCGUUUUUUUUCCUUAUAAACAAAACAAAGCUCAAUUCAUCAACUGAAGGUAGCAAUAACCACAAAAAAACUUGGUUUAUUAGCUAGAAGGAAACAGCGCUGAAGUUAUUUGUUUGAUUUAUUGCUCGUACUGUUCAUUGAAUAGCUUUUUCACAAGAAAAAUAACGCUUGUUUUGGUUUUACCUCAUCAAAUAUUGAACGCGUAUUAUAGCUAAAAGUUUUUGUCUCACACAACCGCUCAAACAGCUCAUAAUAAAACUUUGGGAAAUAUUCGUCGAAUUAUAAUUUGGAAAGGUGCUGCACAUUCUUCCUUUAUUUCUACCUUGACACACUCAUUCAUUGACGUUUUUUUCACAAUUCUCAUCACAAUAUGUCCACAAGAAAUUUAACUGAUCGUUCUCCAAUAGUUGGUAACAGCUCAGAGUCUUCAGAUUCAGAACCAAAGAAUCCUUUUAUACAGGAUGAAUUAAACUCUCUUGAUGAUUCAAAUAGCAGUGAUGAUUCCAGAGCUAACUUGAACCGUUCAAAAGUUUCAAAACCUUAUAUUGAUUAUUCAGGGUAUUACAGUCAACAAGGUUCAUCUUCAAAUUCAUUAAAUCCACAAAAUAACAAUUCAUAUUCUUCAUCCAAUAUUUCAGGUUUGGGUCAACAACGUCAUUUAUCUGUUAACAACGAUGUCUAUUCCCCUCCUGAAUAUGAUAGAUAUCCAACUUUAGCUGGUUCAAGAGUUGGUUCAAUGGCUACUUCGUUAAAUUCUACAACAAAUUUACAAGAUCAUCACAAAAAGAACUCUAUGAUUUCUGAAAAUUCUUCAAACUCUGAUGGAUCUUCAAACCCAUUUUUGGUUGAUGCUGACUUUAGUCCUUUUGGUGGUUAUCCAGCAUCAUCUUUCCCAUUACAUAUUGAUGAAAAAGAACCAGAUGAUUAUAUACAUAACCCUGAUCCUAUUGCUGAUGCGUACCUAGAUAAACAUAGAUUCUUGAAUGAUUUCAAACACAUGGAUAAAAGAUCAGCUGGUGGUUUGAUUGGUUUAUUAGCUUUAUUUUUAGGUGCUAUUGCACUUUUCGUCGUUUUACCAGCUUUGACAUAUUCAGGUGUUGUUGACCAUGGUGAAGGUGAUGUCCGUGAAAUUUUAACUUUCUACUCUUAUCCAACGUUAGGUGCUAUCAGAACUAGUUUAGUUGAUCCUGAUACUCCAAAGGACGCUUAUGAAAAAACAUCCAAAUCCGGUGAUACAUGGCAAUUGGUGUUUUCAGAUGAAUUCAAUGCAGAAGGUCGUACUUUCUAUCCAGGUGAUAGUCAAUUUUGGACUGCACCAGAUAUUCAUUAUGAUGCUACAAAAGAUUUAGAAUGGUAUGAUCCAGAUGCUUCAACUACCAAAAAUGGUACAUUGCAAUUAAGAAUGGAUGUUUUCAAAAACCACGAUUUGUUUUACAGAUCAGGUAUGCUUCAGUCUUGGAACCAAAUGUGUUUUAGUCAAGGUCAUAUUGAAGUCUCAUCAAAAUUGCCAAAUUUUGGUAAUGUUUCUGGUUUAUGGCCUGGUCUUUGGACAUUAGGUAACUUGGGUAGACCAGGUUAUUUGGCUUCCACCGAAGCUGUUUGGCCAUAUAGUUAUGAAUCUUGUGAUGCUGGUAUCACUGCUAAUCAAUCCUCUGAGGAUGGUAUCAGUUAUUUGAAAGGACAAAAAUUGAGUGCUUGUGUAUGUGAUGGUGAAGAUCAUCCAAACCCAGGUGUUGGUAGAGGUGCCCCAGAAAUUGAUAUUCUUGAAGGUGAAGUUGAUACUACAUUGAAGGUUGGUGUUGCUUCUCAAUCUUACCAAGUUGCUCCUUAUGAUAUCUGGUAUAUUCCAGAUUAUGAUUUUGUUGAAAUUCAUAAUUCUUCAACCACUGUCAUGAAUACAUAUUGUGGUGGUCCGUUCCAACAAGCCAUUUCAGCUGUUACUACUUUGAACACUUCAUGGUACGAAUUUGGUGAUACAGAUGGACAUCACUUCCAAAAAUACGGUUAUGAAUUUAUGAGUGAUAACGAUGAUGGUUAUAUUAGAUGGUUUGUUGGUGAUAAUCCAACAAUGACUUUGAAUGCUGCUGCCUUACAUCCAAAUGGUAAUAUUGACUGGAGACGUAUUCCAAAAGAACCAAUGUCUAUCAUUUUGAACUUGGGUAUUUCAAAUAAUUGGGCUUAUAUCGAUUGGCCAUCAAUCAUGUUCCCUGUUACCCAUUCGAUUGAUUAUGUCCGUGUUUAUCAACCACCAAAUGCCAUUUCUAUUACUUGUGACCCACCUGAAUAUCCAACAUAUGACUAUAUUCAAAACCAUUUGAAUGCUUAUCAAAAUCCAAACUUGACCUCUUGGGCUGAUGCUGGUUACUCUUUCCCAAAGAAUGCACUAUUGAAUAACUGUAAGAGUAGCAAUUACAAGGGUACUGUUGGUCAAGCAAGCAAUUAAGUGAAUUAACAUCAUUGUU